UACAUUUAUACCUAUAUAGUUCACAUUUUUUUUUAUAUCAUAAGAUGACAAACGAGCAAGCGACCACCUGAACUCGCCGAACUAGUGAGGUGACCGCUGCGUAGACAUCCGCAAACACGAGACAUAGUCAACUAUUUUUUUUUUCGCUGGUUAAAUCUCGGUACUUGGUUUGAUCUCAGUUGUCCAAUGUACCAGCCCGGCCUCGUUUACAUUGACAGGUAAUAAAACAUCUUUCUAUGCGUCCUCUCCUACUUCAAAUCCAUUUCUUAUUAGAAAAGCACGAGGACUAAAAUUAAGCCUAAGACACGCACACUCCUCAGACUGUACCACAGAAUUGCUUACACUAUGCGAUGGUCUUCUUUCUGUGUCGCAGCGUUGUUGUUGCUGACGUCUAGCACUGGUCUUGUUUGCGAUGAAUUCAGAAGAAACUUGGCAAAAACCUAGAGACUAAAUAUUUCAAACAAAGAAAUAAACGCGCGUAUUGCGCUCGGGGAAUCGACGAGACAACGUAAGAUCGCGUCGUCCAAAAAUAGCCAAGUGCAGGAGCCAGCGCGGCCCCGCCAGUGACACUAGGCACCGCCCGCCAUGGCCAGCGACCCCGCCAUCAAGAGGCUCUGCGCAGUCAUCGCGCUCUUCGUUGCCAUCAUUUGCAUAUUUGGAGGCUACAUGCUGGGGCGCAGCGGGCGCGGCGAGGCGCGGCGUGGCAGCGACGCCGCGCUGCUCAACCUGACCGCCGCCGUAGACGGCUUGUUCAGGAGAGCGCGCCGCAUCUCGCCCAAGAGCGUUCACCACAAGGACGCGGGCAAGGUGGCGGCGCGGCUGGCGGAGGCGCUGGGCGGCGGCGCGGGCGCGGGCGAGUGCGGAGCCCGCUCGGGCGCCGCGCUGGCCGAGCUGGCGCGCGCCUGCUUGCACGCCGAGCUGCACAAGGUCACCCGGGCCAUCAACAAUGCCUCUCUAUACUUAGACUCGCUCAGGUGACAAUGGAUAGUCGUUCAAUGCUUACAUUGACACAACUCCUACUUUAAUGUGUAAGCUUUUAACUAUUAUUAUUAUUAUGAAGGAAUGUGAUUACUACGUUUUCGAUGUUUAGAAUUGUCGAGUUCUAUCAUUUAGUAUUGUUAUGUUUGUAUGUUACAUUGCGAUAUAAAAUGAGAUAAUAAUAUAAGUAUACU